UUAGAAAUCCCGAAAAUACAUGUUGUGGAAUAUAUAUCUAAUGUAAACCGCGUAAUAACGCUUGUCUCAUGUUGGAGAUUUCCAAGGCAGAACAAUAAUGUCGAAACGCGAAGAAGCAACGGUUUACGUUUCAUCGGAAUCCGUAUUUGCGGCGCAAUCAGGUGAAGGUGGCGACAGGUCUGUUCCGCGGGCCUGGUGAGAAGUUGCCAUGGAGACCAAGCAGGAGGCUUCACCAGUGUGGAACCAGGCGCCAAGCAAUGAGCCUGCCGGUGCCACGCAGGUACAUUUUGAGGGCGGCACCGUGGCCCAGAUCGUGUACGGUGGGGAUCAGCCGGAACGUGGACAACAGCAGGUGGUCUACGCCGAUGGCAGCUCGUACACCUCAGUUGAGUCCUCGGAGCACACGCUGGUCUACAUCCAUCCGGCCGAUGGCACACAGGCUGUAUUUGCUGACCAACCACAGGUGGCUUACAUACAACAGGAUGGAACGACCCAGCAGGUGACCGUGUUGCUUCCAAGCGGUCAAAACAUGAAUACUGCUAACCUGCACGUGCUGAGUAAUGUUGCAGAGGCACCCCCAACUAUCCUGGAGCCUGUUCCACAGGGGGCACUGUCUGUUUCCAGCACACCCCUGCCCACCUUAGCUAGCGUGGGGGAUCCCUCUGCCAGCCCCCUUGGUGCCACAGACUCUACUGUGGACUCGGAAGAUGAAGAAGAGGACGAGGAAGGGGAUGAUUCGGAGCUCGAUGACUGGGAGUCUGGACCUCGGCAGCCUUUCACCCCUCAGAACCUUUGGUGUGAGGAGUGUAACAAUGCCAACCCGUCUGUGUGCUUGAAGCACGGGCCCCUGCACCCCAUCCCUAAUCGCCCGGUGCUGUCCAAAGCUCGAGCCAGCUUGCCUCUGGUCCUCUAUAUUGACCGCUUCUUGGGUGGGGUUUACUCCAAGCGCCGCAUCCCCAAACGUACACAGUUUGGGCCUGUGGAGGGCCCAAUGGUACGGCAAAGCGAGCUGAAGGAUGGCUAUAUCCACCUCAAGGUGUGCAAGCUGGAUUCAGCUAAAGAGCGGGAGAAGACUGAGGACUUGUGGCUGGACCUGUCUGAUGAGGAGCGCUGCAACUGGCUGAUGUUUGUCCGACCCGCACAGAACCAUCUGGAACAGAACCUGGUAGCAUAUCAGUAUGGCCCAGACAUCUUUUAUACCACAAUCAAGAACAUCCAGCCCAAGCAGGAGCUUAAGGUGUGGUAUGCUGCAUCUUAUGCAGAGUUUGUCAACCAGAAGAUCCAUGAUGUUACAGAUGAAGAGAGAAAAGUCCUAAGGGAGCAGGAGAAGAAUUGGCCGUGUUACGAGUGCAACCGGCGCUUCAUGAGCUCCGAGCAACUUCAACAGCACCUUAAUAUGCACGAUGACAAGCUGGAUUUUGUCAGCAGGGCAAGGGGUCGCAGUCGAGGCAGGGGUAGGAAGCGAUUUGGGACAGGGCGCCGUCCAGGGCGGCCACCGAAAUUCAUGCGCCUGGACACGCCAGCAGAAAGCAGUGAGGAUAAAACAAAGGAUGUGCUCGCCUAUCCCGGGAAGGGCGUGUUCUCAGACGCUGUAGAAGGGACUUUGAAUGGUUUGAAGAGCGUGGAGCUGCCUGCUGAGGCAGGGGUUACGGACGCAACCAACCAGGUGGAAACCCAGACGACCCAUUCAGGGACUCCAUCUGAUGGCGAGUCUGCCGCACCCAUGGACCCUCCACCCCCUGCCACAGGAGUUUCCGAGCCCGUGAAGAGUGACCCAUCGCUGGGGAGCCAACUGGACUCCCACCUGACGCACCAGGACAUGCGGAGGGCCAAGAGGAUACGGAUGGAUUUGCAGAAUGCGGCGCUUCAGCACCUGUUCAUCAGGAAGACCUUUCGACCUUUCAAGUGCUCACAGUGCGGCAAGGCCUUCCGCGAGAAGGACAAGCUGGACCAGCACCUUCGAUUUCACGGCCGUGACGGCACCUGCCCGCUCACCUGCCACGUGUGCAACAAGGGCUUCCUCAGCAGCGCCGCCCUGGAUGACCACUUGCACCUACAUGCUGAACAGAGGACCUACUCCUGCCUCUUCUGCACCGACUCUUUCGACCGACUGGACUUGCUUAAGGAACACGUAGGCAUCCAUGUGGUAGACGGAUGCUUCUCCUGUCCCACGUGCAAGAAGACCUUCACGGACUUCAUCCAGGUGAAGAAACAUGUCCGUAGCUUUCACUCAGAGAAGAUCUUCCAGUGCACGGAGUGCGACAAGGCCUUCUGCCGGCCCGACAAGCUGCGGCUGCACAUGCUCCGUCACUCGGACCGCAAGGACUUCCUGUGCUCCACUUGCGGGAAGCAGUUCAAGAGGAAAGACAAGCUGCGGGAGCACAUGCAGCGCAUGCACAACCCAGAGCGGGAGGCCAAAAAAGCCGACCGCAUCCAUCGCUCGAAGACACUUAAGCAGAAAGUGCCCACCACGGACUUUGAGAGCUUCAUGUUUAAGUGUCGGCUCUGCAUGAUGGGCUUUCGGCGCCGGGGCAUGUUGGUAAAUCAUCUGUCCAAACGGCACCCGGAAAUGCGGAUCGAUGAGGUGCCUGAGCUCACGCUGCCAAUCAUCAAACCCAACAGAGACUACUUCUGCCAGUACUGUGACAAGGUGUACAAAAGUGCCAGCAAGCGGAAGGCACAUAUCCUGAAGAACCAUCCUGGAGCCGACCUGCCCCCCAGCAUCCGCAAGCUGCGACCGGCUGGCCCUGGCGAGCCAGACCCCAUGCUCAGCACCCACACCCAGCUGACAGGCACCAUUGCCACGGCACCAGUCUGUUGCCCCCACUGUGCUAAGCAGUACAGCAGCAAGACAAAGAUGGUGCAGCACAUCCGGAAAAAGCACCCAGAGUUUGCACAGCUUGCCAACACCAUCCAGGCACCCCUGACCACAACUGUGAUCAGCAGCACGCCGGCAGUCCUCACUGACGGGAACACUGGGGAAGCAGUGGUGACCACAGACCUUCUGACACAGGCUAUGACAGAGCUGUCCCAGACUCUCACCACAGACUACCGCACACCCCAGGGGGAUUAUCAGCGCAUCCAGUACAUUCCCGUGUCACAGUCAGGGGGUGGGCUGGGUCAGCCGCAACACAUCCAGUUGCAGGUGGUCCAGGUGGCACCGGCAUCCUCCCCCCACUCGCAGCACUCCACGGUAGAUGUGAGCCAGCUGCACGACCCCCACAGCUACAGCCAGCACUCCAUCCAGGUGCAGCACAUCCAGGUAGCAGAGCCCACUGCCACUGUGCCAGGUGCUGCCCAGGUGGCUGGUCAACCACUCAGUCCCUCAUCCCAGCAGGCAGCCCAGGAGCUGAGCCCUGCCCAGCUGACCCCAGUGACCCUUGCCCAGGGCCAGGCCCUACAGACACCUUCCUCUCAACAAGGGGCAGUGCAGCAUGCCUAUCUACCUGGGAACUGGAACUAUAGGAGCUAUCCCUCGGAGAUUCAGAUGAUGGCCUUACCUCAUGCGCAGUAUGUUAUUGCAGAGACAGGGGCUCCGGUAACUUCUGGAAACACCAGCCAAGUGAAGACGACACAUUACGUCAUCUCUGAGGGGCAAACGGAGCUGGAUUCCAAACAGGCUGCUGUGGUGCAGAGUGCCAGUCAAGUCCAUCCGGACCAGCUGGAUCAGCAGCCGGCCGGUCAGCAAGCCACCACGCAGUACAUCAUCACCACCACCACCAAUGGCAAUGGUGCCAGCGAAGUGCACAUCACAAAACCGUGACCUCAAGUCCCGCCCUCCGCCCUUCCCCCAACCCACUCUGCGUGCACACGCCCUUCAGGACCUGACUGUAGCAUGCCACCCCUGCUCAAGGUUCCACUCACGCACAAAGACUUGGUUCCUCUCCCCAAAGAAUGCGGAGGAGGAAGACCACAGCGUCACGAACCACAAGUCUAGAGUUUCAUUAUCGCCCAGCUGUAAGCUGCCAGGAACAGCAAUUCAAGCGAAUAACAGGAGAAUAACUCUGGUUUCACGGAGGCUCACCUUAGGAUUUGACAGAUGAGUAGCCGUCUCACAAGCAGAAGAACCCAAGAAGAAAAGGGAAAAGAGAUCAGAUCACUGGGAAGUUUUGUUUAAGGUGCUGAGAAGAAAAGCUGAUGGGAGCUACAUGAAAAUGUAGAUAAUUAGCUUACCGAGCUGUCAGUCUUCUCUUCCUGCUUACUUUUUAAUUAGCUGAAGUGUAAAUUUUUCGGAGCACGGAUGGUUGGCAGGAAUCCCCUUAUUUUGAAAUUGUUUAACACCCAAUUUUAAAUGUGUAUUACAGUUACUUUGGCUCAUUGAGGAGAUUUGGUUGAAUCAGUUUGACUCGAUGUGCCCAUAUACACAUCUUUAUCAACUAUUAAGUCCUUUCACAGAGAAAUGUGACACUUCCAACAAUACUGCAAAAUAAACUGCUCAGAUCUUUAGUAAACUCUUAGCAGGAAACCAAGACAAAUUGCUAAUGAUAGAAAUAUCAGAAUUCCACUUGUUUCCUAGUGAGGAUCUGUUGCAGUGUAAAUACGCCUGAAGAAAAAAGGAAACGAGGGAGGAAAAAAGAGCUUGUCACCUUACUAAUGUCAUUCUUUCAGAUAUGUUUCUCGCCCUGUAAAGUAGCAUGGAAAACAUGCUUCACAAACCAAAAGUAAACCUUGAUUGGUCCAACCCAACAGUCGGUUCAGAGUGAUUUGGAUCUGAUGGGAAGUGGUUAACGCCCAGGGCUGCGCUGGGAUUAGUCUGCAUCUGAUUCAGUCUUCUAGUCCACUGCCACAUGCCGCCUUCAGUCUGCCAUCCUUCUUGGUGUCCAGCUGCGAUUCUGUCUCGACCGCUCAUUUUGGGAGCUCUCUUCUACUGAAAACCUAAGAACUGACAACACUGAAUCAUGAGGUGCUAUCACACUUGAUGGUUGUUGCAAAUAUGUAAUGUGCUUCGAGGUUUUCUUUCAUUUUGCCCUUGAGUAAUGGUGCCCAGCAUCCUUUAUGCCCAAAAGGGAAAAAGUCUUUUUUUUUUUUUUUCUCCUCAGUAUUUAUAUUUUCAAAGUAUACUCUCAGAACAUACUUGUACAAUGUAAAAAAGCUAUAUUAUUAAGAAUGAAAUAGUUUCAUGUACAGAAAUUCCCAUUAUUGUUUCCAGUGAAGCUGUCCUGUUGUCAUUAGUGUGGGAAAAUUAAAAAUAGAAAUCCUUUUA